CUGAAACCUUGGAUUUCGCUUUUCACUCGUCGCGUCGCAUUCAGAAAUCGUUGAUCAUUAUUAUUAGUGAUACUUAUUAAGGUUCCAUCCUGUGUCAAUAUUUAGAAAAAUACGUCUAAAUAUUCCUUUCAUCAUCUGUUUAAUUAUCGACGACAGGAUUUAAUAAUUAACGUUAAGUAUUUAAAGUGGAGGUGCAAUUACUAAUUACCUAGGCAUCGCGUCGCGUAAAAUAGUGUUGUAGUCAGCGGCUUUACUCCUCCUUUUCCGCUUUGUUUUGUGUUGUCGGUUGUGUGAGCUCAGUGUGGUGAAGUCGUGCAGAGAUACGUACCAAUUGCGUCCACAUUUAUAAAGUUGGAUAAAAUAAUGGCUAACUUAAUGCUUGGAAUUGUGUCGUUUUUGCUGGCUCUAAAUACCGCCCUGGCAAUCACGUGUUACUCAUGUGAUUCAAGUAAGGGAGGCAAUUGUAAUUGGGGCUUUUUGUCAUUUACGUACAGCACUGUUGAUUGUAAUGCCAAAGAUGAGAAUGGUGGCUUUUUGUCCGCCAUAGGUUCAGUUAUACCACAGAAAUGCUACAAACUUGUUGGUGUUGAUAAACAAAAUAACGAGUAUGUCUCACGUGGAUGUGUUACAUCAACUGGUCCCAUUGACUCAUGUCAAUAUCUUGCCGAGGUGGCCAAUUUCUUAAAGCCAGGAGAUUUACAAUCACUGCAAUGUUCAAGUUGUAACACUGACAAGUGUAAUUCCGCAUCUAAAUUUGCAAGUGCCACAAUUGCAGCUGUAUUAUUUGCCUCUUUCGUUUUUCUUUUUUAAAAAACAAAAUAAACAUUAUGUUGUGCCAUUUACCUCAGCAUAAAAGAACUGCGUUAUUAUUUUUAAUUAGAAUACUUUACUGUUUCAUUACCUAUUUAAUAGAACGAUGAAAUACUUAUGUCUUUAGACACUUUUUGUGUUUUGAUACUUUAAUAAGAAUUCUCACUUUUUAUGGAAAACAUUUUGAUAAUAUUUUUACUAAAAAACGUUUUUUAUUUCCAAUAAGAAACGUCACAUGUGUGAUUGUUAUAUAAAUAUUUUAUAAACUUAACAGAAACUUCCAUUUUUUACACAGCUAGUUUCUCAACAGAUAAUUCGCUCAUAUAAGGGCAUCUCUCAUUAUUAGUUCCUCAUAGUAUAUUGAAAGAUAAAAUGUAUAGGCUCAUUCAUUGUUUGCUUCCAUUUAUUAUAACUAUUACUCUUUUUAAAUUAUUUAUGGCAUGUUUGUACUAUUUAUUGUUGGCUUUCGAAAACUUUAUACUUAAGUAUAUUAUACAUGUGAAUAAAUAUACCUAUUUUCGUAAAGUACUUUUAUUAUUAAUUAAAAUAAAUGUAUAAACAUUCCAGGAAAUAUUUUUAGAUUGAUUUAGACAUAUGUAGACACUGCUUCAUACCAAAAAUAAUAAUUACCUCAAUGUAAUCUUGGAAUGUGUAGGUAUGUAGUAAACCAAAUUGUAAUCGAAAAGUCGUAUAUUGUUAAUGUAUAUUCGUAAAAUCUAUUUACUCAUCAACUUAAAAUAUAAAACUCCACCAUUUUAAUGUACAAUAAAAAUACAAUUUAUCAUGUACCUAGCAAUGAAAGCUUUCAAUAAAUUUUGUUUAAAUGUGCUAAAA